UAGAGUUAUGCCCAAACACUAUAAUUGAAUACUUUAGACAUUGGCACAUGUACUGCGUAUUCGCUAUUUAUCUACAUAGCAUGCCAAAAGAGAACGUAGCCUAGAUAGUGAUGGAAACAACCCUGCCAAAUGAACUAUGACCCAUAUUCAUUGGUUCCAUUCAUGGCGCUUGCUGGUGUGCGUGUCAUCGAGCUUGCGGGCCUGGCCCCAGCGCCCUUUUGCGGCAUGAUUCUGGCUGACUUUGGCGCCAAGGUGAUCCGAGUGGACCGGACCAAGGUUGCAAUGGCAAUGGACACGCAGGCUCGAGGCAAGCGCUCGGUGGCGAUCAACCUGAAGAGCCCAGAGGGAGUAGCUGUGCUGAAAAGACUCUGCAUUCAAUCAGAUGUCGUCCUUGAGCCCUUCCGCAAAGGAGUUAUGGAGAAGCUGGGUCUGGGUCCAGAGGAGCUACUGAAGGAGAACCCUCGUCUGAUCUACGCACGCCUCACUGGCUACGGCCAGAGUGGAGCCUAUGCCAAGGCUGCUGGUCACGACAUCAACUACCUCGCCAUGUCAGGCUUGUUGUCCAUGCUGGGCCGGAGCCAUGAGAAGCCCUACGCUCCUCUGAACCUGUUGGCAGACUUUGCAGGCGGGGGUCUGACCUGUGCCCUCGGGGUGGUCCUGGCCCUGCUGGAGAGGACCAGGUCGGGAAUAGGGCAGGUCGUUGACACCAGCAUGGUAGAAGGAGCUGCCUAUGUUGGCUCGUUUGUGUGGAAAUCUCGUAGUAUUGGCAUGUGGAACAACUCGCGUGGGGAGAACAUGCUGGACAGUGGAGCUCCAUUCUAUGACACAUACCAGACCUCUGAUGGGAGAUACAUGGCUGUCGGGGCUAUUGAGACACAGUUCUAUAACCAACUCAUCCAUGGCCUGGGAUUAGAUGCUGCCAACCUUCCUCCCCAGAUGAGCUUCUCUGAUUGGCCAGUGGUGAGGCAGAUCUUCACUAAGCAGUUUGCGACUAAGACACAGGAGGAGUGGGGUCGCGUGUUCGACGGAAAGGACGCCUGUGUGACUCCCGUUCUCUCUCUGGACGAAGUGAUCUCCCACCCCCAUAACCAGGAGAGGGCCUCCUUCCACAGGGACGCCCAUGGGGAGGUGACUCCGAGCCCCGCACCUGUCCUGUCCCGUACCCCUGCUGACCCCUGCCUGGCCCAGGACCCCCUUAUAGGGGAACACACACGCCUCGUUCUAGAGGAGUUUGGCUUCAAACUAGCAGAGGUAGACCAGUUGCUCUCAGCUGGUAUUAUUGAGUGUAACGUAGCCAAAGCACGGUUGUAGCCAGGCCUUUCUUCUUCUCCUGCCUCUCUCCUCUUCCCUCCAUCCCUUUGUCCUUCUUUAAGAAAAACACCCCGGCUCUCCAAUGUACACUUUAGUGUUUAAAAAUUGGACAACCGUCUUUGAUACAUGGUGUGCCAUGCAUUGCUGGUGGAUGAGCUAUUCAAGUACUUGGAGCCCUUGGAUAAAUCACACUGCAAAUGCAAUUAAUUCAUAUAAUUGUUAUUAUUAUAUGUAACUUACAGGUGUUUGUAGUAAUGUCUUCCCUCUAAUAUGCAAUAAUUGCUUCAAUAGAACAUCUUCCACCUACUGCAAGCCCUGUUGCCUUUGUAAGUGUUUGGACUGUAAGCACUUAAUUGUAAUUGAUGUAAUUAUGUUAAUAGCUAGGUAGCAAUGACAAUGUGUCAGUCAUUUAUAGAGUAAGGUAGAGCAGGAGGAGGCGGAGAGAAUGAUGACCCUUGACUGUAAGUACUCUUUCAUAUCAGUUACCUGUAUCCAAGGUUCGUGAUGAUUUUACAUGAUCAAAUAAAAUGUUGGUGGUCACAGCA